AUGUAUUUCGAGGAGGUGGACAGUGGCGCGACAUCGCGGCCGAGGACGUCGUGCGCCUCCACGACGCGCUCGCUGCUGACGCAACACACGGUCGCCACAUUCCCUGCGUCUUCUCUGUCUCUAGGUUGGCUCUCGUCGCGCAGCCCGAACGUCCCUUUGACCAUAUACUUUAACUGCCUCGACGGCUCGUGCUACAGCAUGUGGGCGAUGCAACUCCUUCCCGUCUUCCUGCUCAAGACGUCAUCGAGCAUCAUGGUGGUAAGCUUUUCCGCCUCUGUAUGUAGCGCUGCGCAGCUGCUGGGUGCGCUUGUGGCCGGGUGCGUUGCCGACCGCCAGCCGCGGCAGCGCUCUAUUCGGGCAGGUGCCGGCUGUGCCGUGGUGGCACUCGCCGUAUUCGUUUGGGCGUUCUGGACUUCCCGCGUGUGGCUCAUCUUCUGCGCGCAGGCGCUCUGGGGACUCUACACGGGUAUCACCUCGACCAGCGUGGAGGCGCUCUUCGCCGACAGCGUCUCUCAAGGGCAGCGCACGGUCAUCUACAAUGUCAAGUGGGUCAUCCAGACGCUCUGCUACGUUGUCGGCUACGGCGCGGCGGCGCUGCUCUUCUUUAACUGGGGAAACUCGUGGGACCUGCGGCGCGUUCGCGUGGUGAUGACGCUCGGCGUGUUGGUACACCCAAUCGCCCUCGUGCCGCUGUGCUGCUUGCAGGACCGCUACGCUGUGGAGGAAGGGAACGAGGACAUUUCGCGUAGUACCACGCAGCCCAACAUCGUGGCGGUCGAUGCGGCAUCCGCCGCAGAAGGAGGCCGAGCAGUGGCAACCGCUACGGAAAACAAAGCUGUCGAUCCGCCUGUGCACUCGACCCUGCAGUCAACGACGCAGCAGCCGCCAGCUGCCGACUCCGUGUUGGCGGCUGGAUCGGUGGAUGUUGCCUUCUCCCAUGUCCUCACGGAUGGAGUUCGCCUCCGAUUCACGGAUGCGCUUCCGUUGAGCGCCUCCGCGGAGACCUUUGGAAGAGAAGGCUGCGAUGGCGACCCCGAAGACACGCGGGAGAUAACCGCAGCGACCGUACACGCCGCGCUCAGGAAAGGCCUUCUCAGCUCACCUGUAAAGAAUGGUGGCUCUUCUCAGCAGCAGCAACAGCAAAAAUCGAGCAGCGUGUUACGGGACGACGGCGAAAGCGUGUCGUGGGUGCCCCGUAUCGUCAGUAGCCUCAGGCACAGCCGCUGGCGUAGCUUGGCGUCGGUGCCGUACUGGAUGUGCGUGGUCGAUCUUCUUCUCGCCAUCGGCUCUGGCAUGUCGGUGCCGUACUUCCCUCUGUUCUUCUCCUCUGACUGCGAGAUAAGCCCCGCCGCUCUCAACGGCAUCUACAUCGCCUCCACCUUGCUGACCGCUGUCACCUCCAUGUGCCUGCCGUGGCUCAUUCACACCUGUGGGCUCGGUCGCGUCCCAGCAGCGAUGGGUGUGCGGCUUGUGGGCACAGCGGCGCUCUUCAUGUUCACCAUUGCCAGGACGUUGCCGGGCAUCAUCGCACUCUUUCUUUGCCGCAAUGCGCUCAUGAACUCCGUGUUUGGCAUCACCCGCAGCGUCAUCAUGGACUGCGUGACGAAGGACAGCCGCGCAAAGUGGUCGGCGCUCGAGAGCGUCUCGCUCGUUUCCUGGUCUGGCAGCGCCAUGAUUGGCGGCUACAUUACGAAGCUGCACGGCUACCGGUGCACCUUCGUCGCGACAGCGGCGCUUCAGUUCCUGGCGAUGCUUCUCAUGAUACCGGCGGCUCUUGGCGCACGUGCGCUCGACGCCUCACUGAGUAAUGCGCCGCAGAUAGUGGAAGAUCUCACGCUGACCGUCUCGCCGACAACACCCUAA